UAAGUACAACGUUACGUGCUUCUAUUCCGCGAGUCGCGAAUCUUCUAGACACGUCACCGUCGGGUUGGCUGCACACGUUCAAGGAGAGAAUGUAUCUGUAUGUACGGACUAUGUAAUUACGAUAUUUCCAGCGGCGAUGACUCAACAUUUGCGACGCGCAAUUGUCCCGGUACCAACCGCGGAGAAGCGCGCAUACUGUCAUUGUUCCAUUAAAACCGAUAACGAGAAAUGGACCACGGCUUGUCAUAUCUAAGACACAUCAUAAAUUCGUUUGACUUCUUACAGACGUUAUGAUUUUUAACAAGAGAAACGUUUUCCGUCAGAGUUUACGUAUACGUGCCAUUUUUUUUUGUGACACCGAUUACGAGCCAAGGUAACGUUAUAAGUCGAUGCGCAUAAAAUUAUCAGGUGUGGUGAUUGGAAAAUUGACCGGAAGAACUAAAAUAAAUAAUCGAUUAAUCGAAUGCUGCUCGUUUCAGUCAAACGUCAACAGGAUUUUUGUUAGAAAGAAUGGUCACACAGAUUUAAAUCAGGUCAUCAUUUUUUAUAUAAAGAAUAUUUAUACAGACUUAAAUCAGCGUUUAAUAAAAAUCGCUUUCUAUUAAGAAUUCAUAAGGUUUUUGUAUAACAUUACUAGAAACAAACCGUAGUAGACGUCAAGCUUUCGUUAAUCGACAUAAUCUAUUUAGUCCAUCAGGGGCAAACACCCAGGGCUUUAUUUUAAACAUUCUAUCGCGACCGUUGAAACAGACAUUCUACCUACUGUAUCACGUAAAUAGCUUCACGACGUUUGAUUGAUUUUCUCAGUUCACGAUACCUUCUAAAACGCUUACCUCUGUAACGCUAUAUAUUUCUCUAAACGAUGCAUUAUCCACUAAAUACAAACCGUUCUUGUUACUACUAUUUCUGUUUUACAUAUGUCCAGCACAGAAUUUCAAUCGAAUGCAAAACAUUUCUUUUAUUCAUUUUACUCAUGUAACGUCCUUAGGUCUACCGAAACCGUGUUUUUUUUUAGAGAAACGCAAAGAUUUUUGAAUAUCUAUAAACUUCUGAACUGAAAUUUUAAAAAGAGGAUUUACAUUGACCUAGAUCCAAAUAAUUGUUCAAGGCGAAAAACCUGAUUCUGCCACACACAGAACCGGAAAUUCAUCCGAUACCCAGUGACCCUCCGGUAUCUGGCUGCGCCAGGUACUGUUUAUAGAUUAGCCCGCGGUUGCUAUAGGUUGAAAACCGUUUUCCACUUGUGUGCCACCUUUCGUCGAGCCGAAGGAAUCUCGAGAAUACCGAGGAAGGUACACUCGCGAGUCGAUCACGGUUAGCCACACGAAGCGAAGUACCCCUGUCAACCCUUAGAACCAUCGAAAAAUGGGAAAAACCUUGAGGACGCUUGAGGAUACUCGACGAAAACUCCACUCAGCUAGCAGCUGAUAACCAAGGAGGAAGCCAACGGCAGACAACACCAAGAGGGAACCAACAGGGAACCGUCGAAGGAACAAAACGAGAUCUAAAGUGGACAUAGGAAUGCAUCUGGAUGGGCGGCGUCUGCUCGUGCCGAGGUCGCGGUGGCCAGGUGAACGCCGGGUCGAUCCUCGAUCGUGUCAUCAGUCAGGCGAGCGACGAGGAUCAAUGCCUACUGUACCGCCUAGCCAAUUACAAGAAAGGCGGCGAGCUGAUCGAGUCGUACAAUCAAGGCGGUCAGUACGAAGUGGAGAAGUUGAUCAGGGAACAAUUCGGUGUCCUGAUGUACGCGGAUGGAAAAGGCCAGGCGAUCAAUCGUGCCGAGUACUUGCGUUGGAAGUUCCGUGACCUGGAGCAGGUCGUGUUGCCGAUAGAAGCGUCCCUCUCGCGGCUAGAUCCCCUGGCUCAGUGGAACGAUCACGAGGCCUGUUGGCAGAUGCAAUAUCGAGGAUCUCUAGGAGAGACCUUGCUGCACGUGCUGAUUAUAUGCGACACCAGGACGCACACACGUGUGGCGCGUAUCCUCCUCAAGUGCUUCCCGCGAUUGGCCAUUGACGUUGUCGAGGGCGAGGAAUAUCUCGGUGCCAGCGCGCUGCAUCUCGCGAUCGCGUACAACAAUAACGAGCUGGUGCAGGAUCUGGUUGAGGCCGGGGCGAUCAUUUCUCAGCGGGCGAUAGGCAGCUUUUUCCUACCUAGAGACCAGCAGCGAAUGAACCCCGCCAAGAAUACGGAUUACGAGGGAUUAGCCUAUCUCGGGGAGUAUCCUCUAGCUUGGGCCGCUUGCUGCGCGAAUGAGAGUGUUUAUAACUUGCUGUUGGACUCUGGCGCCGAUCCUGAUGAGCAGGACUCUUUUGGGAACAUGAUACUGCAUAUGGUCGUCGUUUGCGAUAAACUGGACAUGUUCGGGUAUGCCCUGCGUCAUCCGAAGCUGCCGGCUCGUAACGGCAUAGCGAACGCCGCCGGACUAACCCCAUUGACGCUCGCCUGCCAGUUGGGCCGGGCCGAGGUCUUCCGGGAGAUGUUGGAACUGUCUGCACGGGAAUUCUGGCGCUACAGCAAUAUCACCUGCUCGGCGUACCCCCUGAACGCACUCGACACGCUGUUACCCGACGGCAGAACAAACUGGAACUCUGCGCUAUUUAUCAUUCUGAACGGCACGAAGGAGGAGCACUUGGACAUGCUGGACGGCGGUAUUAUUCAGCGAUUACUCGAGGAAAAAUGGAAGACCUUCGCGCGGUUCUUGAAGCGUCUGGUGAUCCUCGUGUUCCACUUGACGUCCUUAUCUUUGGCCGUGUAUCUGAGACCCUCGAACGCGGACACGAUGCACCUGAAAUGGCCAGAGGAGGUCACAGAAGCGAUGCGGACGAUUGCGGAGUGUAUCACGGUGGUAGGAGUUCUCGGAUACAUCCUGGCGCAGCUAGGAGGUGAGAUCAUCAACAUCGGUCUCCUGUCGUUCCUGAAACAGCUGAGCCACGAGCCCGCGAAACUUAUAUUCGUGAUCAGCAACCUACUGAUACUCGCGUGCAUUCCGUGUCGGCUGGCUGGUAACAGGCAUGCGGAAGAUGCGAUACUCGUCGUCGCUGUACCUGGAUCCUGGUUUCUCCUCAUGUUCUUCGCUGGCGCCAUUCGGCUGACCGGCCCGUUCGUCACGAUGGUCUACAGCAUGAUAACCGGCGACAUGUUGACCUUCGGGAUAAUCUACAUGGUGGUGCUCUUCGGUUUCUGCCAGUCGUUCUACUUUUUGUACAAAGGAUUCCCGGGGGUGAAAUCGUCCCUCUACAAUUCCUACCACUCGACCUGGAUGGCACUGUUUCAGAUAACCCUCGGCGAUUAUAACUACGCCGAUCUAAGCUACACGACCUACCCGAAUCUGUCGAAGAUGGUGUUCGCCAUAUUCAUGGUUCUGGUACCAAUUCUAUUACUCAACAUGCUCAUCGCGAUGAUGGGCAACACUUACGCGCACGUGAUCGAGCAGAGCGAGAAGGAGUUUGUGAAACAGUGGGCGAAGAUCGUGGUUUCUCUGGAGCGGGCAGUGUCGCAGAAGGACGCGCAGAAUUAUCUGCAGGAGUACAGCAUCAAACUCGGCCCGGGAGAUGAUCCGAACAAUCCCGCCUGCGAGCAGCGCGGCGUCUUGGUCAUUAAAUGCAAAUCGAAAACCAAGGCCAAGCAGCGUAAAGGCGCGGUGGCCAACUGGAAGCGCGUUGGCAAAGUGACGAUAAACGAAUUGAAGAAACGCGGAAUUACUGGGGAGGAUCUGCGACGAAUAAUGUGGGGUCGUGCCUCGUUUUCAACUCCAGUCAAAAUAAGUCCAAAUACAGGAGGAACCGAGACUUCGGCUGUGACUGCUGGUUUCGGGAACGCGUUGUCCGCAGCGUUGGACGUUAUGACCUUCGCCCACGACCUAGACUUGUCCAGCGCUACUGAAAAAAUCCCAUCCAACGUAGACCCAAAGCAAUCAAACCCCAAGGCUACCAGCAACGAUCCGAAUGAUCAGAAGAAGACACCAAACGUAGAAACAAAGAAGCUUGAUACAGAAAGUAUAUCGAAGCCUACGAACAAUCGUGAAGUGAACAAAGAACCAAGCCAGUUGGAUGUUCAGAAGAUGAACUUGAAGAACGCUACUCAUUUGAGCACGUCCGAGGAUUUCCAGGAUCCGCUUUUGGAACUCGUGAUCGCCUGCGAGAAUGCAACCGAUCCUGCAACGCUGCAGCGAAUUGCCGAGCGCGCGGCGGCAGGCUUCGAACAUGGGACCGCCACCGGUUCAAAAAUAAACGUCAGCAUCUUGGAACAGUUCACAAUGACUAAGAUUGCGGUCGACGAACAAGUCACCGUUACUAAGAAACAGUACUUCAUCGAAUCAAGUGACAACGAUUUCGCUGGUGACAAUUUGCUAGGGACGGAGGCUCGCUUACGUAGGAUAAAAUCAGCGAACAACAGGUACAAUACGACGCGUAGACGAUCCCAACGUGGCGAUGACGAUCUAUCGUCGACGUCUUGCACGUCUGUUGACGCGAAUCCUCCAUACCAGCCGCUGUUCAAUGGUCCCAGGGAAGAAGAGCCGACGAAUGGGUCAGUGAAAAGUCCGAGCAGUUCUGUUGAAAUUAAUUCCGAAUCUCCAGUUCAACAAAAUGGGCCCAUCUGCGAUUCUAAGAAAAGGAAAGUGCAAAAGCGCCGCCCGAAGACUGCCAAAAACAGGGUAUCGCCGAAGGAAAUGGAGGAGGGCAGCCGAAGAAGGACGGAAUCGAUUGACCGGAAUAAGGCGAUCUCGCCCACCACGGACCCGCUCGAGCCAUGGAGCACACGCGGCAUUAAGGACAUGAACACGAUAUUGGCUUGGGAGGAGAACGCGCCGGACAGUCCUUAACGAAACUUUACGAUAUUAUGCGCCACCACAGCUACCAGCCAUGCCUGCAGUCCUGCUCGUUCGACCCACGAAACGACACGUUGUUUUUGUCUGCGUUCUACAGAAGGUAUUAAGGAAACUGGAGGUACCCGGGAAACUAUCCAGCUACUCAGAUUCGAAAUUCUUCGGUGCAACGUGUUCUCCGGGGACUUGGGGACGGUAACUUCGAGAGUUACGUUUGCGGUCCAAGGAUCGAGGGAUCUGGAGGAUUUUAGGGAGAGUGGGGAGUUACCGUUUGUGGAGUCACUGUGGAUUGACGUGUGGGGACCAUGACACAACACAGUGAAAAGAUCGAUUGUGUUUCUAAGCAUUUGUACAACGAUCAGGGUUGCAGUAUCGUAGGAGUUGGGGGAUUGUAAAGAGAAUAGUGAUGAGAAUUACCGUUUGUGGGGGCACUGUGGAAGCGUGGGGAGCAUGGGAGACUACGAGCAGGGCAUAAGAGAGGGAUAGUAGUGGGAAAACGAAGUAACGAGGAGUUAUUUUAUUAUAAAUCAGAAUCACUUCAUUUGAAUCAUCAAAUCCAUGAAAGAUUGAUCAGAAAAAAUGAGAACUGGAAUCAGAUUUUCCAAUGUAGCAAUUCGUUUCAAUAAUGUAGCAAUUAUUUUCAUAGCAAUGGUACCAAGAGGACUAUGAAAGAAAGCAAGGUAAAUAGGGAGGGCAGUAGAUAUAUAAGGCUGGUGAAACUUUCCCACCUCCCACGCGUAUUGAAACAGUAAUGAUAUGGGAAGGAGUCGACGGGAUAACGAAAUGAAAACACGUGCUGAACAUCCGGGAAUCGUGGAACUUGCCGUAGAAAUCGGGCAGUCGCGUCGUCGGUGCCCGUUUACGCGUUAUAACAGCACCGCUACGCGUACCGUUGAUAAUCCUCCCCUCGUCUGGGGAACGAUACGAACGAAAACUUCCACCCAUGUUCACGCCCCGUGGCCAGGGGGCAAAAAUCACCAAGGUAGGAUAAUUGCCUGAAUGUUCGCAAGUUCGCAAAUUCCAUUGUGCCCCCAUGAAAUACCUUGGAACGAUCCCGAUAACUUUUAAAUCAAUUAACGCAAACUGUUGUACGACUGCAAUGAAAUUUUAACGAAUUGUGAUUGAAUGAACCUUAAAAAACUGUGUCAUUCAACUGAAUCUCAGAGCAGGGAGAGAGGGUGAAUGAAAAAUAUCUAGUUUCACUCGUAAUUACAUAAAGUAUGAGGACAAAGCAAUUAUGUACGUUCCUCGGUUUCUAUUAAGUUUUAAUUGCAGACCGUUUUGUUGAGUUCAAAUUAAAAUAACAAUUGUACAUUUCAGUUUUGAAGAGGAAAUCGACUUUCGUAAUGAACAUUGCAAAAUGAAUUAUAAAUAAAUUAUAGAACAUUAUUACUAUCGUCGUACGUUCACGCUUAUGCAUUUAGAGUAAAUAUGAAUGUAUAAAUUUUAUACGAAACGCGUAUGAACGAACAAAAGUAACGUACUAAUAAAAAAUGCGCUAUAAUAUUCAAAGGGUUAGAGGAGGAAGUCACUGAUGUAGCUUCACUUCUUUGUAUUUCCGUUUGUGAAAAAUAAAAAUCUACAUAACUA